AUGACAAAAGCAGGAAAACCAUUCCUGGGUCUUCAAGGCCAAUCUCUGUCCUGGGCCAUCACAUUGUGUGCGGGCAGUGCUUUCCUGCUCUUCGGUUACGACCAAGGAGUCCUAGGCUCAAUUAUCUCCGGCUCAGAUUUCCUCGGAGCUUUGGGUAUUGCGCCUGAUGACCCUGACACAUUGUCGACGGUGGUCUCGAUCUAUGACAUUGGAAACAUGGUAGGAUGUCUUGCUGCUGCAAUUUGGGGCGGCAGAUAUGGCCGCCGGGCUGCCAUCACCUUUGGCUGCAUUGUCACAAUUAUAGGGGCAGCACUUCAGGCGUCAAGCUAUUCCGUCGCACAGAUGAUUGUGGCGCGCAUAAUCACCGGAGUUGGCAACGGAGUCAACACAGCGAUUAUUCCGACUUGGGUGGCCGAAACUGCAAGGAGCGAACAUCGUGGAAAGCUCAUCGCUACUCAACUGACCACUGCCAUCUUGGGCAUCGUCAUUGCAUAUUGGGUCAAUUAUGGCUUCUUCCAUCUCCAUGGCCAGAUCGUUUGGCGGUUUCCGAUUGCUUUCCAGAUCAUCUUCGUGUUAUUCACGCUGGCCGGUCUACCAUUUUUGCCAGAAAGUCCUCGUUAUUUGUACUUCAAAGAUCACAUCGAAGAGGGGAAUGCCGUGUUAUCAGCCUUGAAAGCUCAGCCUGUCGACAGCCCGAUCGUGCAAGCCGAAGCGGCGGAGAUUCUGGCGGCAAUCGAAAUGGAGAACAGUCUGGGAAAAACCAGUAUCAAGGACAUCUUCCUCAACCGGUCAGGUGAUCAAAUCCUGAAGAGGCUGACUUUGGUUAUGGUGAUCCAGGUACUGCAAGAGAUGACAGGGACGCAAAUCGUUGUCUACUACAGCUCUUCAAUAUUCAUCACCUUGGGCUUCGAACAUGGUCUGGCUCUCAUCCUCGGCGGUAUUGUCUCGAUUGCCUUCCUCCUAGGGUCCAUUGUAGGCAUCUUCCUCAUCGACAGAAUUGGCCGCAAGAAGUUACUGAUGUCAGGCACCGUCCCAAUGUUUGUCCUCUACGUGAUCUACACGAUCAUGGUAAAGGAUGGCGGAAAAGUUCAGUUGUGGGUUGCAUUUGGUGCAACUUGCGCGAUCAUGUUCGUCUUCGGCUGGAGCUGGCUCUCAACAGCCUGGGUUUACGGUCCAGAAUUGGUGCCAGUCCGAUACCGACACGUCGGUGGUGCUUUGAACGCAUUUUCCAACUGGACUUUUGCAUUCGUCACAGUCAAGAUUGCGCCAAUCGGAAUCGCGAAUCUAGGUUGGAAGUUCUACAUUAUCUUUAUUAUCAUGACCUUCAUUCAGUUGCCAGUUGUGUGGCUGUUCUAUCCCGAGACGAAAGGACUGUCUCUGGAAGAAAUCGAUGGACUGUUUGUCAAGGGUACCAGUAGCGAGGCCACCGACAUGCUAGCCGAAGCAAGUGAGAAGAGGCAUCAGGUCGAAACCAAUGAUACAGGAUAUAUCCAUGAAGAAGUAUCGCCGUCGUUGUGA